CCACAACCAGUGCGGACCUGGACACCGUCGUAUCCGUAUUUGUUCGCUUUUUGGGCAAGGUGCUCGCUAGGCUAAAUUUCGUCAACAAUCCGGGACAGAGAUCAAUCCAGGCGGCCGUGUUUCAUCGGUGGGUAAUUGUUGGCCAAAAAAAAAUAGUAUUUAUCUGGGCUACGACGGCGUCGCGGCCACUGCUCACACCUUGUGGUUCAAUCAUGACAUUGUCAUCGAAGAAAUGACUGCUACGGACUCAUGCCGCCCAUUCAACAUUAGCUAUCCAACAUGGCAGCUGCAGGGGAACAAGCGCCGUCGACCGAACCAAAAACGGCGACCAGUGAAAUAGCGCAAGGAACAGCCAUCACCAUCAAGGACAAGGACAACUCAAAAAGCGAGAAGGCACAUUUUGUCAACUACUGGAGAAUCCUCUCGCACCGAACGAGAAGAGAUAGUAUUGCGCUUCUCGUUGCAUUCGUCUGCUCCGUCGGCUCAGGCACCGCUCUACCGCUGAUGAACAUUGUCUUCGGCCACUUGGUUGGGAAUUUCAAUGGCUACUUCAUUCCCGGCAGCAAUGUGACCAAGGCGGAGUUCAAAUCCUCCGUGGCCAAUAAUGCCCUGUACAUUCUCUACCUAUUCAUAGGCAAAUUCGUCUUGACCUAUGUCGCGAUGUUCUGCUUUCGGACGACUGGACUUCGGAUCUCGGCGAACUUGAGACUUGCUUAUAUCAAAUCACUCUUUGCCCAGCCGAUCAAGAGGUUGGACGAGGUUUCGGCGGGCACGGUCACUAAUACCAUCACGACAUCGGCCAACACCAUCCAGAUGAGCAUUUCGGACAAGCUCCACUCCCUGUUCAUGGCCCUCGCCCUGACCAUUGCGGCCUUUGCCAUUGCCUUCCGUUAUUCGUGGGCCAUGACACUGGUGACAGGCUCGUCACUACUUUUCGUCCUGCUCGUGUACUCCAUAACCACACCCAUCGUCCUCAAGAAGCUACAGCAGGUGGAAAAGGGAAAUGAGAGAGCUGCUUCGAAAGCAGGAGAAAUCUUUGGCUCUAUUCGAGCGGUCUUCUCCCUAGGUGCAGAACCUGCCUUGACAAAAAAAUACGUCUCCUCUGUCAACGAUGUCCACAAACAGGGGCUGGGUUUGUCUCUGCUAAUGGGCAUCCAGCUGUCGCCCAUAUGGUUCUCCAUGUACUCUGCUUUUGCUCUAGCCUUUUGGUUCGGAUUGAAGCUCUUCCGCGAAGGCCACAUCCACAGCAUCAGCACGGUCAUAACUGUCUUCUUUUCAGUCCUCAUCGUCGUCGGGGUCUUGGGUGCCAUGGUAGCGCCCAUUAUGGCUAUCACAAAGGCGAUCAGCUGCUCGACUGAAUUCUUCUCAAUGAUCGAUUCUCAGAAAAUCUCGUACGAAGGCAUGGACGAGUCGGACGUAUCAUCUCACGAGGACAUCGAGCUGCGCGAUGUUUCCUUCGCUUACCCCUCGCGACCGCAUGUUCCAGUUUUGAGAGGAUUUGAUGCCACUUUCCACAAAGGUAAGACAACCGCUUUGGUCGGUCCAUCAGGCGCCGGGAAGAGUAGCAUCGUUGCUUUGCUGGAGCGAUGGUAUGAGCUCGAGCCGCGGAAGGCUCACUUGGGUGACGACGAACAUGCGAAUGAGCACGGCCAAGAUCGCAACAGUGCUUCCGAGGGCGAAGAUGCUGACAAGGAAGAGAAACUACCCAGUCUAGUUGGAGGCACAAUCUCGAUCGGGGGCCACAACAUCAGAGACAUCAAUUUGAAGUGGUGGAGGUCGCAGAUAGGCCUUGUUCAACAGGAACCAUUUCUCUUCAGCGACACAAUUCUGAACAAUGUGUCAUUCGGGUUGCUCGGAACCCAAUGGGAAAAUGAGAGUGACGUGCUCAAAAGGCAACGGGUGGAGAAAGCUUGCAAAGAAGCAUUCGCGGACGAGUUCAUUAAUCAACUUCCUGACGGGUACCUCACACAAGUUGGUGAGAGUGGCAUCAAGUUGAGCGGCGGUCAAAGACAACGUCUGGCAAUUGCCCGCAGCAUCAUCCGAGAACCUGCCAUUUUGAUCCUCGAUGAAGCGACCAGUUCAAUUGAUGUUCGAGGGGAAAGAAUAGUGCAGCAGGCUCUUGAACGCGUCUCCCAGAAUCGAACGACAGUUGUAAUCGCACAUAGGCUUUCGACAAUCCGGAAGGCCGACAACAUUGUCGUCAUACGCCAUGGACGAAAAAUCGAAGAAGGCACGCACGAGCAGCUGCAAAAAAUACCUGACGGCCUGUACGCGAGUCUUGUGCGCGCGCAGCAGCUGGAGGCCGAGUCAGUGCCUAAGUCGGUUGAUAGUGAUGACGGAUCUUGGGGUGCUAUCGAACGAAAAGAGACCAGCGGCUCUACGAAGCAGAAGCCAGAAGAAGUGACCAUCGCAUACAAGCCCACAGGAUUCUUCGGCUCUUUAGGGCGAUUCCUGUUCGAACAACGGGAACAUUGGAAACUCUACGUCUUGACCGUUGCUGGAGCAAUGGGAGCAGGGUCUGCCUUUUCAUUGCAAAGCUGGAUAUUUGCCAAACUGAUCGAAGUCUUCCGUUUCACUGGAGCAAAACUGAAGAGUCAAGGUGACUUCUGGUCGCUGAUGUUUUUCAUCCUUGCCCUGGGUGUUGCUGUCUGCUACUUUGUCCUGGGCUUUACCUCGAAUCAUCUUUCUGUGCACGUAUCGACCACCUACCGACUUGAGUACUUCCAGAAUAUACUACGGAACCCGAUACCGUUUUUUGACCGUGAGGGCAACGCGUCCGGGUCGCUGAUGGGUCGGUUGUCGACCGAUCCGAAAGUGAUUCAGGAAUUGCUGGGCUUGAAUGGUGUCUUUCCGCUGAUUGCAUUUUUCAACAUCACUGGUUGCAUUGCAAUAGCCUUUUCGUUUGGCUGGAAAUUGACACUGGUCGCCUUCUUUUCGGCCAUGCCCGUCAUCUUGGUCGCCGCCGUGGUCCGGAUCCGCUUCGAUCUGCAAUUCGAAAAAUGGAAUUCUGAGGUCUUCUCCCACAGUUCGCAAUUCGCGAACGAGGCUAUCGGGGCGUUUCGAACAGUGACAUCCCUGACCAUGGAGGACACGAUCAUCAACAAGUACUCCGAUCUCCUGCGGGAUCAGAUUCGAAAGUCGGCUCUGAAAGCGACGUAUGCCUCGCUUGUAUUCGCUCUUUCGGAUAGCAUAGAGCUUUGUGCCAUGGCCUUGACCUUCUGGUACGGAGGACAACUCCUCGCUUCUCGCGAGUACAAUCCUGUCCAGUUCUUCGUCAUCUACAUCGCCGUUGUUCAGGGCGCGCAAGGUGCCGGACAGUUUUUCAGCUUUGCUCCCGAUAUUGCCAAUGCUACCGCAGCAGCGAACCGCAUUCUUGGUAUCCGGCAUGAAGUCGCCCAGAGGGAAAAGGUGGUUAGUCGAGGGCAGCCCUUGCCUCACUCCAAUGCCCACACUGGAGCCAAGAUUGAACUCAAGGCGGUGACCUUCCAGUAUCCGACACGAGACACCCCGAUAUACCGAAACCUCAACAUAUCGAUUCAAAGCGGUCAAUUCGUGGCGUUCGUAGGGCCAUCAGGUUGUGGGAAGACGACGGUGAUCUCGCUGCUCGAGAGGUUCUACGAGCCCUUAUCUGGAACCAUAACAUUCAAUGACCAAGACGUCAAAGGCAUUGAAUUAACCUCUUACCGCCGGGCCCUUUCUCUUGUCGCCCAAGAACCAAAACUGUUCGAUGGCACCAUUCGAGAAAACCUCGUCCUCGGGUUGGACGACGCCAGCGAGGAGAGGAUCGUACAAGCCUGCAAAGACGCCGAGAUCCACGACUUCAUCGUCUCAUUGCCUGACGGCUACGCCACACCACUGGGAAUCAACACUCAAACGUCACUCAGCGGAGGACAGAAGCAGCGGCUCUGCCUCGCCCGGGCUCUCCUUCGCGAACCUAUGCUACUCCUUCUCGACGAGGCGACCUCAAGUCUGGACUCGCAGUCCGAGAAACUGGUGCAGGCGGCCAUCGAGAAACUCGUCGGCCAACGCAGCAUGACCGUGAUUGCGGUGGCACACCGCCUGGCAACCAUCCAGAAGGCAGACGUUAUCUUCGUCUUUGGCGAGAGUGAAGUCGGCAGCGGCUCGAGAAUUGUGGAACAAGGCACGCAUCAUGACUUGUUGAGGCGGAGAGGCGCUUAUUGGCAGAUGUGUCAAGAGCAGGCGCUCGAUCGCUAAGCGGAACAGAACACGGCAACGACCGCAUAAAGAAGAAUUGCAUGCAGCACUCACUCCAUUCAACCUCACCACCACUAUAGAAUGCUGCUCUGCUCAGCUAGCUCUCCAACAUGGACUUUUUCAGCUCUAAACGUGUUGAGUUUCACUGUUUAAUGAUAGCGCCGAAUGCGGCGAAUGGUGCGGUUGCACUGGCUGUUGUUGAUAAUCCGUCCAUGACAUGUAUGACUCCACGCUCAACAUCAGUGGGGCUACCAUCAUAUACGAACGAUGGAACCCAA